AUGGUGAACUGCUGUGGAUUGGUAACUGUCAAGAAUGAACCAGGUACUGUUUGAAAGCAGAAAUGAUUGUUUCCCUCCAUGUCUGUGUGUUUCGUCCUUCUCCCAGACAUGAGCUCUCAUCAGUAUCUAGUUUAUCUUUAUUUAUUAAAGAGAUACUUCAGAACUUUCCACCACAUUUUAUAUAGUUUUCAAUAAAUUAAACGUUUCCAUCAGAUGAGCUAUCAAUCACAUUUACUAUCUCUAAGUGGUUCCCAAACGAUGUCAUCGUCAGUUCUCUCUUCCCUCCAUCCCUCUCUCCAUCCAUCCAUCCCUCCCGCUCUCAGUGCCUCUGAAGAGUAUUGCUGUGGAGGUGAGUGUGCAGGGGCAUGUGGCCACUGUGAGCUCCACUCUGCAGUAUGAGAACCAGGAGGAAAGCCCUCUGGAGGCCAUCUUUGUUUUCCCUCUGCCAGGAGAGGCUGCUGUCUGCAGGUUCAGCGCCAAGAUAGGACAGACUGAGGUGGUGGCUGAAGUUCAGGAGAAACAGAAGGUGAGGAGAAAUGACAAGUCAACAACGAGACAAAUGCAACUGUUGACAUUUUUGAAAUCCACAGAAGUAUCAUUAACAGCAGGAUUCGGGUUAAUUUCAAGUUAAUACCAAUCAAUAACAUGUUAGUACAAAUGUUCUUACCAGGACCGGCAUUAUGGGCCCGCCCUACCAUACCUCCCUUCCUGUCCAAAUAAAAAAGACGCAUCAAUCUCAGAUCGUUUCCAUCCAUAGUUUUUGUGCAAGUAAAGUCAUUCAUGUCUUAUUGAUAAAAAUCAUGACAGCUGUGAUGGAAAAAGGUAGUUUCGGCACAUUUUUAUAAUUGCCGACAGAUCAUUUGUUCGUUCGACAUGGUGGGAUCUUUUUGGGUCUGUAAAAUUAAUUAUGCGAGAAAUGGUGGCGGAAACUCCUUUUUGCACAAAUAUUGAUAUAAUACCAAUCAUAUCGAAGUAAACUUUGAGUCACAAGGUGAUAUGGUUUGUGGUCCUCCCACUAUGACUCGGGAAACCAGGCAAUUUAUUAGGCUACUGUGGUUUCCCAGAGUGGGCAUCCUCGUCGACAUUAUGUAGUGUCGAGAAAACUAUGCUAAUUAUGCUGUGAGAACAAGGAAAUCCGCUGACACUGUACUUUGAUUAUAAAGGUUUAUUUAUAUCAAAGGAUUCCAGCGUCAAUUUACAGAUAUCUGCCGAUAUCUGGAGAAUAACCGGCUCCAAUCUCUAAUAUGUUAUUCUCCCCAUCCUUUGUCCCAAACCAUAGUAUAUAUCCUAUGUAACCUGAUAUGGGUGUUUUCCCCUAUAGACCAAUCCCAGGACUCCACCCAACAGACUUCCUCUGCUUUAGGGUGCCCCUAUAGAACUACUCUCCAGAUGCUCCCUUAAGCUGAGUCAACAUCCUCUAAGACCAUUUGCAACCAUUAGCAAAGUCAUAAAUUGUUCAGAUACCACACUACAGAUGAAGGUUGUGAUGAACUUCACAGGGUGGUGAAUGUGCAAGGUGAUCUUGAUGCUCCUUUUCAAUAAAUAUCGAGGUUCUUAAACAUGAUGAUCAAUGCUUAGCUGCCAUUUGACAAAUCAAAAUAUUAUCCAUAAUAAUCUCAUCAUGUAGACUAGCCUACCGUACAGGCUACCCGCACUGUAUCUGCGAGCUGUUGUUAGAGCGCACGCGCUAAGACCAGAGGAGGCACAUUUGCUAUUUAAUGCAAUAGUUGUUCUGACUAAACUAUCGGUAGAUUUGAAAAUACGAUGGAAACACAUUGAACUUUCAAUUUUUAUUCGGUACAUGAAAACUUAAGUAAAACAUUUUUUGGGGGUGUGCACUACGUCAUCACGCACUGAUUUCUAUCCGCUACAAGUCCGUUUGGUGGAAACACACCACUGGAGGGGAAAUGUGCAUAUUUUCUUUACGCUGUUUUUAGAAUAUUCGCAUUAAAAUCUGUCACCAAUUGGAUGGAAACCUAGCUUCAGAUAAUGUUUCAGCCACUUUCGAAUUGAAGGAAAGUUGACGGGUUCACAUUUCAGAUGCUGGAAUAAUUUUGGACAAACGCGCAAAUGUAACCUACAUUUUGAAGUGAUUUGUUUGACAAUCAAAUGAAAACAUAAUGACUGCUUGUGUUCAAUCCACAUUCAAAUGUAAUACAUUUGUAUAGUUAAAUUACAUGUCUUUACUAUAAAGCGCGUGCAUACAUAGGAGACCCCCCCAUAGAAAUAAAAUGCCAAUCCAACUGAUUAGUUCUGGCGACGGCCCUUGUUGUUAACAAAGAUGUACAGUGCAUUCGGAAAGUAUUCAGAACCCUUCACUUUUUCCACAUUUUGUUACGUUUCAGCCUUAUUCUAAAAUUGAUUAAAUAUGUUAAUUUUUUUUAUACAUUUGAAAAACAAUCUAAAAACCUGGUUUUGCUUUGUCAUUAUGGGGUAUUGUGUGUAGAUUGAUGAUGGGGGGAGGGGAGGGGGAAACAAUUUAAUCAAUUUUAGAAUAAGGCUGUAAUGUAACAAAAUGUGGAUAAAGUGAAGGGGUCUGAAUACUUUCCGAAUGCACUGAAUAUAAACCCUGGAUUGCUGAUGCUAUGUAUCUCCCCAGUAGUAGCAGUCCUCCAUAGGAAUGAAUGGAAUUCUACAGUAUUUCAAUUAAAUGUUUAAAGGUCAAAAUUACUCUGUCUCCACCAAUCAGAGUUCUCUUCCAGGGUCAAAGGGCGCUGCUUUAUUCCCAGCUCACUGGGGAGGUGAGGGCUCUGACUUCUACUGUUAUGUGUUCAUAUUUUUUUAAAUACAGCAUGUCAAUGUUCUAAGAAGAGUGCCCCAAAAAGACACUGGUAAGUUUCACUCAAAACCCUGUAUUUCUUCUUCUCUUGUUUUCUCUUGUGGUAUCGAAAUAACGAUGCUAAUGCUGUGAUGACAAGAAAUCUGCUGACACUGUCCAUGAUUUAAUGGUUUAUUACAUCAAAGAUUUCAGCGUCAAUUUACAGACAUCUGGAGAACAACUGACCCAAUCUCUAAUAUGUUAUAUUCUCUCCGUCCUUUGUUCCAACCAUGGUAUUUAUAAAAUGUAACAUGAUAUGGGUGGUUUUCCCAUAAACCAAUCCCUGGCCUCCACAUAACAGACUUCCUCUGUUUUAGGGGGCCCCUAUAGUAAUGCUUUCCAGAUGCUUCCGCAAGCUGAGUCAACUUCCUCUAACACACCAUUUGCAAACGUCAGCAAAGUCAUAAACUGUUUAGAUACUGCAUAUUUCCCCCCUUCGAGACUAAUUAAGUCUCGAAAACAAAAAUAAUAGGAUUAUGACAAAUAACAAUUUUUCUUAUUGAGUAACUUUAGCAAUAAACCAACAUUUAUGGAGAGUAAACACAUUUUUCUAUGGAGUUUAAAUACAUUUCUAUGAAAUAUGAACAAAUCUUUAUGGAGUGAGAGAGCGAAAAACCUGUCUGGCAGCUUUCUUUCCAAAUAUCCAUCAAUCAAUCAAGACAGUAAAAUUCUCUCACGGCCCCUAUGCCCCAGGCGACCACCUAAGUACUCCAGAUCAAUUCAAAAAUCUUUAUCAAUGCAUUUUAAACUAAGAUGCAAUUGAAUACACAUGAAAGCCUCAGAAAACAAAAUACAAUAAAAAAUGUCCACAUUCAGGCUGGUCGACCCAUCGGACCCUCCUGUGGAUUCUCUCUGUCCCUGCCUAGACCCAAUAUCCCUAAGCAUCCACGAAAAAACAAAAACAUCUGAGGUCCCUACAUGUCCCCAACAACAGAAAACAUCAUUCUUCAAAAAUUAAUACAGAAAGAAUAUGACACAAAUUAUGUAUAGUGGGGAAAAAAAGUAUUUAGUCAGCCACUAAUUGUGCAAGGUCUCCCACUUAAAAAGGUGAGAGAGGCCUGUAAUUUUCAUCAUAGGUACACGUCAACUAUGACAGACAAAAUGAGAAAAAGAAUUCCAGAAAAUCACAUUGUAGGAUUUUUAAUGAAUUUAUUUGCAAAUUAUGGUGGAAAAUAAGUAUUUGGUCACCUACAAACAAGCAAGAUUUCUGGCUCUCACAGACCUGCAACUUCUUCUUUGAGAGGCUCCUCUGUCCUCCACUCGUUACCUGUAUUAAUGGCACCUGUUUGAACUUGUUAUCAGUAUAAAAGACACCUGUCCACAACCUCAAACAGUCACACUCCAAACUCCACUAUGGCCAAGACCAAAGAGCUGUCAAAGGACACCAGAAACAAAAUUGUAGACCAGCACCAGGCUGGGAAGACUGAAUCUGCAAUAGGUAAGCAGCUUGGUUUGAAGAAAUCAACUGUGGGAGCAAUUAUUAGGAAAUGGAAGACAUACAAGACCACUGAUAAUCUCCUUCGAUCUGGGGCUCCACGCAAGAUCUCACCCCGUGGGGUCAAAAUGAUCACAAGAACGGUGAGCAAAAAUCCCAGAACCACACGAGGGGACCUAGUGAAUGACCUGCAGAGAGCUGGGACCAAAGUAACAAAGCCUACCAUCAGUAACACACUACGCCGCCAGGGACUCAAAUCUUGCAGUGCCAGACGUGUCCCCCUGCUUAAGCCAGUACAUGUCCAGGCCCGUCUGAAGUUUGCUAGAGUGCAUUUGGAUGAUCCAGAAGAGGAUUGGGAGACUGUCAUAUGGUCAGAUGAAACCAAAAUAUAACUUUUUGGUAAAAGCUCAACUCGUCGUGUUUGGAGGACAAAGAAUGCUGAGUUGCAUCCAAAGAACACCAUACCUACUGUGAAGCAUGGGGGUGGAAACAUCAUGCUUUGGGGCUGUUUUUCUGCAAAGGGACCAGGACGACUGAUCCGUGUAAAGGAAAGAAUGAAUGGGGCCAUGUAUCGUGAGAUUUUGAGUGAAAACCUCCUUCCAUCAGCAAGGGCAUUGAAGAUGAAACGUGGCUGGGUCUUUCAGCAUGACAAUGAUCCCAAACACACUGCCCGGGCAACGAAGGAGUGGAUUCGUAAGAAGCAUUUUAAGGUCCUGGAGUGGCCUAGCCAGUCUCCAGAUCUCAACCCCAUAGAAAAGUCUCUAUGACAUGUUUCCUUAUUCUGUGAGCAGAUAAUUAUAUCAUCUACGUACUGAAUGACAGUGCUUUGCAAUAUCUGAUCUAUCCCUACCAAAUCAUCCUUCAGUACUUUAUUGAAAAUAUGGGGGCUAUGCUUGUACCCCUGUGGCAAACGACUGUACUCAUAGAAUUGUCCCUUAUAUGUGAACCCAAAUAAACCCUGACUUUCUACACUAAGUGGAACACUAAAAAAGGAAUUUGGGCUAACAAGGUAUGCGGGUCUGGCACUUCUGCUGGAAAGUCAGUCACUACCUCAUUCACUGCUCUCAAAUCAUGAACCACACGAUAAGUUUCAUCUGGUUUUUUCACAGGCAACAAAGGUGUGUAACUCUGAGGAUUUUUUGUUGUCCUUAAAACACCUGCUUUCGAAAGUCCUUCAAUUUGUGGUUCAAUCCCUUGGAUUGCUUCAUCUUUCAAUGGAUACUGAUUCUUCCAAGGAGGUCUGGCUCCUGGUCGAAGUUCAACUUUCACCGGUUGGGCUGAUUUCACAAGUCCAAUAUCGGUACUGUGUUGAGACCACAAACAUUCUGGAACUUGUUGCAACAUCUCCUCUUUCAUAGGUUCUGAAUCCAUCUUCACACUGCAAAUAGAUUCAUGUGUCAUGCGUACAGCUUGUGGUUCGCCUUGUCCUUGAGCCGAAAUCAUGAUUUUGAGAAAUCGCUGAUCUUCACUCCUCCAAAUCGCCAAAUUCUCUUUCAUCGGUACGAAAACAGCUUUCUCUGCUUCUGUCAUCAUUUCUAUUAUUUGCUUCUGCUCAUAGUCUUCAGAAACCAACAAGGUCACAUGUGGCACACUCUUCUCAAUCUCAAAUUCUUUAUCCAGAUAAUCGUCUGUGUUCAUCUUCAUAGCUGCUCCUUGUGGUCCUAAAAUUAUGCAACAUGAGCUGAGUUGAACUUUCUUUGGUUGAUGACUCAACCAUUCCUCUGAGUUCGAUUGGGCAGCAUUCUUGAAAUACUUGAGCGUACAAUGAAAUGGAUAUUCCGGAAGCCUCGCAUCUGGCAUAUUUUCCACAAUGAAUUUCUCCCAUAUCUUAGCCUGCUUCAAAAAAUCUUCACUGAGAUUUCCAAUCCAGAAUACUGAAGAAGAAUCCAUCUCUGUCAUCAUCAACAAUUGGUCAACCUUUUCCUUUGGCACUUCUACCAGACAGCUGUCUGGUGUACAUUUUAUUGUACAGUUCAACUUACACAAUGCAUCUCUUCCCAACAACGCAAUAGGUGUAUGUUCUGAUACCAGUAUGGGUAUUGUAAUUUUCAGAUUUUUAUAGCAGAGCUCAAUUGGUUCCGUAAGAGGAAUCAGCUGUUUCACUCCCUCAAAUCCGAUUGUCCUAAUUAGUUGAUUGGACAUAGGGAGAUGUGUAGCAUCUUCAGGCCGAACACAGGUAAAAGCAGCUCCGCUAUCCGCCAUCACUUCCAAUGGUCGGUUGUUUAUUUUCACCUCAAUUGUUGGAUCUUUUUCCGGUCCUGAUGCUACCAGCUGACACCCCCCUUUCGGAUCUUCUGGGCACCCCUAGAAUCCUUUCUCCGGGCCCCUAUAAGGGUUCACCGGUCCUCCAGAUGAUCUUGACUGGCCCCUGUAUCUUCCUCUGAAAUUCCCUCUGGUGUUUCCUCCUGGCCCAUUACACUCACGGGCAAAGUUACCAACCUGUCCACAAUUAUAACACACUUCUGAAGAUUGCUGGAAGUAUGGCUUAAAUCUUCCUCCUCUUCCUCUUCCUAAGCCUUCUCAUCCUCUUCCUCUCCAAUUCUGUGUCUGUCCAGAAACUGGCUGUGGAUAUGAAACAACUGGUACCGCCAUUGGUGGCUGGUACAAUUGCGGUUGGAACUGGUCCGGUUGAAGCUGUGGCAGUGAUCGUUGACUUGGUGCACACUGAUUCUGCAUAACCAAAGCUUGUUUCUUCUCCUUCUUAUUCUCCACCAGUUGUAUUUGAUUGAGUUUUCUGAGAUUUCUUGGUCCUGUUCUUUCUGGUUGUGUUCCUUUUUCCGGUACAGAUCCACUUGAUGGGCUAUGUGAUCUGUAUAGACACCUUUUGUCAUGCUUCCAAGUCCAACCACCUCUGCCAGUUUGCUCCUUACUGGUGAGGGCAGUCCCAUCUGCAGUUUAGCUCUCAAAAUUGACUGCUCAAUUUGACUCACAUCUGGAUCAUUUCCGGUAAAAUUUCUCCACACUUGAUGAACGCUUGACACAUAGGCUCUCGGAUUUUCUUGUUGUCCUAGUGGGUCAAUCAGAAUUUUGUCAGGAUGCACAUUUGUUGGAAACGUAUCUUUAAGUGCUCUCCACAGCCGAUUUCUACUUGCAGCCAACAAUUCAGGAUCAUUCACCGCAGUCCCCACAUAUCGAUUAAGUCCAGCACAAAAUUUAAUUCCAUCUCUGGAAUCCCAAGGAGAUUAGCCAAAAGUCUCUUAAUGUCUCCUAUGGCAGACUGUGUUCCCACCGUAAUUUCUUCCAAUUUUUAAAUCCAAGGAUAUGCUCCAUCUUGAAGUGUAGGCAGCUGCUCAACUAUAUCUGACAUAUCAGUAUUCUGCAAAGGUUUAUACUCCAGGUUCUGUCCUCGAAUUAUCACUGGCAUCAUCUUCUUACUUGUGCUCUCUUUCCUUGGCCUCAAUGUAUACUUCUUCUCCAAUUCUUGGGAUCCUUUUUUCAGCAGUUUUUUCUUCUGUAUCUUCAGCUUCUUGAGUUGUUCUUCCAGUUCUCUUACUUCUUCUAAAUUAUUGGCCUUAUCCAGGCAUGAUACGCAUCAGUCUAUAUCUCUUUCUAUUUCUUCUGUGCUAAUCAUUGUAGGAUAAAAUUCUCUUGAAUAUGAAGCACCUUUAAUCUCCAAAUCUUUAUCGCUGUCUUCAUCUUCACUUUCAUCAGAACUCGAAUCUCUUGUAUUCUUCUUCUUCCAACUUCCAUCACCCUUCUUUCCGCUCUGGCCAACCUCCGUCUGAUCACAGGGUCAUGUCCACCCAUGAUCUCUUCUGAAUCACUCUGAUCAUCAUCAUCAUCAUCUUCAAGUUCCAUCCUCCUGAACCUCACUCCACCCUUAGUUUCCAGACAUCUCGUUUUCUUCUUACUUUUGGAGUUUGGAUUCAUCUUUAUGGUCGUUUCUGCUUGUCCUCUCUCUAUUAUUCGUUCAUCUUCAUCUCUGAUGCAAUAAUCACCCUCCUGAAUGAUCACUGGAAGCUGAGGAUAGACGUCCUUAAACUCUACUUCUUCCUCGUAAGGUGGGGGUCUUUUUGCUGAAUCCGUAUGUGAGAAAGGUGUACUGACUUCUGCCUUUAGUUUUUCUGUCACCUUCACCUCUUUUGCCAUUUUCUCUAUACGUCUGUUUCUUUUAUCUUUGGUAUCUUUUAUCAGUUUUUGUCCUUCAUUUUCAAACAGCUUAAGAACACCCAGCUCUCUUUGUCUCUUCUUUACGUUGUUCCCUUUUUUUCCCCUUCUUUUGAUCUGCCUUAUAAAUCGACACAAGCACUUUCAUUAUGUUGAUGACGUCAGGGUUAAGAGUCCCUUCCACUGGCCAUGGUUGUUCAAUGUCAGGCCAACGUUUAUUCUAUUUUCCAGAUAACCUUGCAAUACCAUUAACUAGAGGAUUACUAUUUUCUACUACAUCAACAGGAGUAAUUACUUUCAUAGUUUUGAUGUCCUUUUUCCUCAUUGUAACAACUCUUUUAUAUUCCUUUAUUGUGAAUUAUUUUAUUAUUAUUAUUAUUAUUUUAAACCAAUUAAUUUGUCAACCAAAAAAUACUUUAGACUAUGUAGCUUAUGUUUCCCUCCUAAUUUAUUAAUUUAUUUUUAUUUUAUUAUAUUUUACCAAAUUAUUGAUUAGUGGCAAUCUUACCACAUCCGAUCAGGAAAAGUAAAGGAAAGUAGUCAACUUCAGAGCAAUCCAAAAAAGAAAGACCUGUAAUCUAGCAACACUACAGCACUCACAAACCAAUUGCUUAAUAAGCACCCAAUUACCUUAAUUUUACAGAAUAAUGUCAGUGCUGGAUUUCCAACUCAACUCUAAUCAAACCAACUCAUGCACAAAAAACUCCAAUGUUCAAUUCUUAAUUACAUCAAUUGAUCAGUCUGUUGCCAAGUCCCUGUCAAAUUGUCACAACAUGAAAUAUGAUAGGCACACACAAUAUCCUGUAUGGGAAGGUACGUUUUGUGAACAGAACAGUACUGGCCUUGAUUGGACUGGAUCCAGGGCAGCACACACUGUCGCGUGACGCACUGGUCAGCACCUCCUCUCUCUCUGUCUCCUCCCUCUCGUCUCUCACAUGACAGAAGACCAAAGGAACAGACAAGAAUUUAGUAUUUUAUGCACUCACUGGGUUAUUUCAACCAUACAAUACCCUUUUAGACAUACCUAUGUUCACACUCCCGCUAAGAAAUAAGCAAACAGCUUAACUCAGGAAUAUUAUAAAUAGCGCAAUAACAUUUUAUUUAUUUAUUUAAUUAUUUUUAUUUUUAAUCUGUCAACAUAUCUCUCAUUUAUAAAUUCAAUAGAUCUCAAUCAAAUAGUUUCAUCGUUAAACAACAGCCGAUUUAACAAACAGAAUAAUUUAUUUGUGUGUAAGUCUCCCCCUCCUUCUCUGUCUGCAUGUCACAGCAGCUCAGUGCAGGCAGGGGAGUGGCAUAUUUGCUCCACGUAACUCUAAACUCAUAAAAUCCCACACAUGCGCAGUUCAUUCACCAGUGCGAUUUCAGAGUGAGAAGAGCUCCCAAGCAGCUCUCUCCAAGCUAAACAACAGAAAGUAGACAGACCAGCUGUCCCUCCGUUAUUUCCAACAAAGACAAACAGUAACACUUAACAAAACUCCCAAACCAACACAGAACAUAGAACACAAAUCCUACUUUGAAGUUUCUUAACUUCACUUAUCCUAAUCUGCAGAUUUAUAGUUAUUUUCUUAUCCAUUACAAAACAUCCCUAUACACUCUUAAAACCCUCCCUGUAGGUUCAUAGUCUUUUAACAGUUAUUAAACUUUCUCUUUUAAUAGAGACUCAUACAAGGUUUUAACCUUAACGUCCUCCCAGGGGGCUCAUAUAUAGUUCACAAUUAUUAAACGUUCUCUUUUAUUAGAGACUCAUAAGAGUUUAACCUUAAAUUUAGAAAUGUAGAACGGAUUCUUAUCCCACAGCAAAUAACAGCAAAGUGCACAUAUAAGUCUUUAAACGGUACAUCUCCUCAGCGCACACACCCACAUAAGCAAACGAACCGACCAGCGGCCAAAAUUGUGAGAAAUCUCACCUUAUGUGCCGGCGUCUUGAGCGGGAGUCACUUCGUAGCUCAUGAAUGGAACGCUGGAGAGACGCAACACGUCCCAAAGGUCCUCGUCGCCAUUCUGUGGUAUCGAAAUAACGAUGCUAAUUAUGCUGUGAUGACAAGAACUCCGCUGACACUGUCCUUGAUCAUAAUGGUUUAUUACAUCAAAGAUUUCAGUGUCAAUUUACAGACUCCUGCAGACAUCUGGAGAACAACUGACCCAAUCUCUAAUAUGUUAUAUUCUCUCCAUCCUUUGUUCCAACCAUGGUAUUUAUAAUAUGUAACAUGAUAUGGGUGGUUUUCCCAUAAACCAAUCCCUGGCCUCCACAUAACAGACUUCCUCUGUUUUAGGGCGCCCCUAUAGUAAUGCUUUCCAGAUGCUUCCGCAAGCUGAGUCAACUUCCUCUAACACACCAUUUGCAAACGUCAGAAAAGUCAUAAACUGUUUAGAUACUACACUCUCUCUCUGUCUGCCUGUCUGUCUGUAUCAGAGCUCAGGGGCCACAGAGGGCUCAGUGACAGUGAAAUACAGCUUAGCCAAGCAGCCUGUUGAGAACCAGCUGAGCUUCAGUCUCAAGGCUGCAGAGGACACUGGGUAAAAACAACACUGUUUAUACAGUUUACAGUGUGCAGGCCUUGGUCAGAUACAUUAAGGGAAUGUGACACCACUUACAGACAAGACUGCCAUGACGCUCCAUUAAUAGAAACUGCGCCAUAUAAGGCUGUAACGUAACAAAAUGUGGAAAAAGUCAAGGGGUCUGAAUAAUUUCCUAAUGCACUGUACGACAAACAUUACCAAUUUACAGUUUUUCAGGUUAUGAUACUUGUGAAGUAUUAGAAUGUGAUGAAGAAGGUAAUUUGGGACAAGCGUUAACGUCCGUGUUAACCUAAUUCCAAAUACUUGCAAUUUGUUGCGCUGUUUGAUGCUCCCUAAAUUAUUUGGAUUGUGACUUUAUUACUGAAGCACAGCACAAGGAUUUUACUCCAACGGUUAGGAUUAGGGUUCAGGAUGAGGUAUGAAGGUAAGCGGUUUGAUAAUUUUUAACCGUUUCUGACCAUUAUGUUGUCCUACCCCAUCAGACUUUGACUGUCCAGCAUAGCCUCUAAGCCUGCGAGAGACCCUCUCCUCCAGCUGAUCUCCCUCCAGAAGGCCUCUGGUUCCUGGGUCCUGGAGCCAGCAUUGGCUGAGGUGCUGGAGAAGACUGAGGAGGAGGUGGCCAAGCCAAAGCCUGCACUGGUAGGUCCACAGAAAUAAACUGAGACUCAGCAAUAUGAACAUGCUGCAAGAGUAUGAACUCACACAGAGUAUCUGCACGUAUGCUCUGUAGAAAGACCAUCAGGUCUGGACAAAGGCAUGAUGACCAUUGCAUUGAAUCUCACCAUGAUUCCCAUGUCUCAGUAUCCUUUUCUUCUGCCUCUUUCCUCUCUUUCUCAUCAUCUUUCUCUUUCCCUUACUGUCUCUCUCUCUCUCUGUCUGUCUGUCUGUCUGUCUCUCUCUCUGUCUGUCUAUGUCUCUCUGUCUGUCUCUCUCUGUCUCUCCCUGUCUGUCUGUCUGUCUGUCUGUCUCUGUCUCUCUGUCUGUCUGUCUCUCCGUCUGUGUCUGUCUGUCUGUCUGUCUCUCUCUCUACGUCUGUCUGUCUAUGUCUCUCUGUCUGUCUGUCUCUCUGUCUGUCUCUGUCUCUCUCUUGCUCUCUCUGUCUCUCUCUCUCUCCGCAUCUAUCUGUCUGUCUGUCUGUCUGUCUGUCUGUCUGUCUGUCUGUCUGUCUGUCUGUCUGUCUGUCUGUCUGUCUGUCUGUCUGUCUGUCUGUCUGUCUGUCUGUCUGUCUGUCUGUCUGUCUGUCUUUCUGUCUGUCUUUCUGUCUGUCUGUCUGUCUGUCUCUCUCACACAGGUUGACCAGGAGGUGUGGGCCACGGUUCUAGCCCUGGUAUGGCUCUAUGGGUUCAAGAUGGAGGCUCAGGAGGAGUGGCAGUUUCUGGCCAUGAAGGCAGUAUCAUGGAUCCAGGCUCAGAAAGGUAGCUAUAGCUCACUCUCAUAGUCCUGGCAUCUAAACUCUUGGCCUUCAUCUACCCUUAUUCAAAAUAAAUUGUUUAGGUGAAAGCAAUUUCCUGGUAGGGAUCCACCGUAUUACUUAAAUGACAAAUAUAUUUGUAUUUUGAGUAUAAUCAUUCACAAUACAAUGUUGGUGGUAUUUUGUCUUUGAACAAGUGUUUUAAGAUACAUUUUGCCCACCCUUGCCACCAUGAUUCCACAGUAUAAUGAUGCCUGUCCUGGUGAUGUGUGUUUCAGCGGCCAGUGUGUCCGAGUGUGUCCAGGCUGGGAACACCCUUCUGGGUUGCCAGGUGCAGAAAGACACAUUGGAGAGGUUCACCCUGCCUGUCCUCUCUCUGUCCCCAACAAGCCUGCUACUCUACCUGGGGUCAGAUAUACACGCAACCCUGCCUGCUUCUUGUCCCCUCCUCAAAGCAACAUGGUGGAACUAGCUACUGUACCGGUCUGAACAAGCUUUAAUUAUCAACCUCUUACCUAUAAUACCGCUACUGUUGUUGUGACACUUAGCUAUGUAUGCUGCCAAUGUUUCAUGAGCUGAAAUAAAAGAUCCCGGAAAUGUUCCAUAUGCACAAAAAGCUUAUUUCUUUCAAAUGUUGUGCAGAAAUUUGUUUACAUCCCUGUUAGCGAGCAUUUCUCCUUUGCCAAGAUAAUCCAUCCACCUGGCAGGUGUGGCAUAUCAAGAAGCUGAUACAACAGCAUGAUCAUUACACAGGUGCCCCUUGUGCUGAGACCAGCCACCCGGACAGCUGAUGAAACUGAGUAUUUUAGUCUGUAAUAAAGCCCUUUUGGGGGAAAAACGUAUUCUGAUUGGCUGAGCCUAGCUUCCGAGUAUGUGGGCCUGACUUCCAAGUGGGUAGGGCUAUGCCCUCCCAGGUCCACCUAUGGCUGCACCCCUGCCCAGUCAUGUGAAAUCCAUAGAUUAGGGCCUAAUUGAUUUAUUCCAAUUGACUGAUUUUCUUAUAUGAACUGUAACUGAGUACCAAACCUUCCUGGAGAGCCACUGGUGUGCAUGCUUUUGUUCCAGCCGUGCUUGAACACACCUGAUUAAUAGGGUCCAUGGGGAGUGUUAGGUAACUCCUGAUGAAGAAGAGUAGGCUAGAAGACAACUUUGAACAUAGGUCAGUGUGUUAUGAUAAUUGAAGGCAGAAUUAUUCACAGAGACAUACUAUGUUGGCUACCCAGUUCCUUUACCGUAUCCUGAGCAGCUCACCAACCAUUCCUACUUGUUGCUUAGUAAAACUGGACCUUUUCCCCCAUCUACAGGUACAAGACAGGAAAACAUCUCUGUACAACAGUGGCUAUGUCUCUCCUGCCCUAUAGGACGCACUGGUGAGUCUAUUUGGCUUCAUCCUCUGUCUGAGCUCUAUUGCCAUUUGCCACGUAAUCUCCCGAGUUCAGAGCACAUGCCGCGUUCAUCUACUAGUCGGAACUAGGAAACUUCAGACUUGCUAACUGGUUGUAGUUACUGUAUAUACGUGCCGCGUUGAACCAGUCAGCGUUUCCCAAACUCGGUCCUGGGGCCCCCAAUGGGUGCAUGUUUUGGUUUUUGCCCUAGCACUACAACGCUGAUUCAAAUAAUCAAAGCUUGAUGAAGAGUUCAUUAUUUGAAUCAGCUGUGUAGUGGUAGGGCAAAAAAUAAGACGUGCUCCCAUUGGGGUCCCCAGGAUCGAGUUUGGGAAACGCUGAAGCAAGUCGGAAAUGUCAGACUUUCCUAGUUCUGACCAGUAUGUGAACGCGGUAAUAGACAUAGGUAGAAGGGGCAGUCUGCGGGGUAAGUAGCAGAAGCAUGGCGAAACUGCAGGAGACCAUACGGGCUAAACCUUAGCGCAUACAAGGUCAAGGUGGGGGAAAUAUUUUCAUUUCCCUUGUGAAAAAAAAAACAUUGAAACGUGGAUAUUGUUAAUUGAGUAGGUAAGUAAAAGUAUUCUAAAGUAACGCUAAUUGGCUAGCUAGCUAGCUAGUUCUAUUUUCGACUGGGAGAGGUGGCGCAAGUAUGAGCCAACGUCAACGUUAUGGCUGGCUACAGAAUUCUAGCUAGCUAACAUUAGGGGAUAAGCUUGUUAGCUAUCGUUAGGUUACACGAAAAUCGAAACCAUGUUUUCGGCGUUGAAGUUCUUAAAACGUAGCUAGUUGCUAUAUCAGGCUAAUAAUUAGUUAAAUAUACCCUGAUGCUAAAUGAUUACAUUAUCGCCUAUAUUAGUCGGUCACAUGUAGAGGAGUUGUUGAACUACCAGGGGAGGGGAGGGGAGGGCAGGCAAACUAUCAACCAGACAAUCACAUGAAAUUACACUUGUGUAUGGUUGCAUUCCUGUCGAGAACCGAAGACUAGGGGAACUAGCUAACGUGAAAUACUUGGGUUACGACUGCAUGAACAUAAGUGGUAACUAAGUGGAUUCAUAUUAACAACAUGCUGUGCACAUAUUAUUUACCCGUGUGGACAACCGCUGUAAAUUAAGCUUUAUAUCUUGCUGAACACCAGGUGGUUUGGUAUCCUACCUGUUACACAUACACUACAUGAUCAAAAGUAUGUGGCUCCUGCUCGUCGAACAUCUCAUUCCAAAGUCAUGGGCAUUAAUAUGGAGUUGCCCCCCCUUUUGCUGCUACAACAGCCUCCACUUUUCUGGGACGGCUUUUCACUAGAUGUUGGAACAUUGCUGCGGGGACUUGUUUCCAUUGAGGUUGGGCGAUUUAUACCCAGCUCGCAGUCAACGUUCCAAUUCAUCCCAAAGGUGUUAGAUGGAGUUGAGGUCAGGUCUCGGUGCAGGCCAGUCAAGUUCUUACAUACCGAUCUCAACAAACCAUUUCUGUGUGGACCUCGCUUUGUGCACGGGGGCAUUGUCAUGCUGAAACAGGAAAGGGCUUGGUUCGAACACAUAUUUCCCUACUUCAGUCAAUCAGCCGAUUUUGUAUUUGUGAUUUGGCAAGGGAUGCAGCUUGUUUGUAUAGGCAUUUCUGUAGGCCUAACAGAAGCAUGUAACGCAAGGGAAUUUAGGGAGACUGUUUGAUGCUUGGCUUGGUUUCUUUUUGUUGUGCCUCGCAAAUGCACAUGUACAAAUGGAUCACUAGAGUCAAAGCAAAUUAAUGUUGUCUCAAAGACGCAACUUAGACCAAAUAGUUUUACACUAUUUGAAAAAUAUAUAUCUGAAAAUACCAGGGUUGUGUUCAAUAGGGCACACUGUGAAAAUCAAGGAUGUUAUUGUUGGACAAAUUCAGGUAGUAAGUAGCCUACCUCCCCAUUUUCAUUAUUCAGUUAGUAGCCUACCUGUUUUAUUCACAUUGAAAAUGUUCUUCUUCUUACUGAACAUGACCCUUUUGAUCUAACUAUCAGUCACUGCUGUGAUGUGAAGGACUGUGUGGAGAGGCUCUCCUACUCUAGUCAAUCUGAAAGCAGUAGUCCAAUACAUCUGAAUGUGUGGAACUACCGCUGACUGGUCCAGACUCUCCCCCAUCUACAGCCAAGAACGUUUCAGGCACUACGACACUGCUGAAUAUUGAGAAUAGGCCUCAGCCUGCACCAGUCUCCCAGAAUCCACAGUACAUCAUCUAAUACAAUGAGGGAAUUUACGCCACAUCACUUUAUGUAGCCUGGAAUGCAGCAUCCAAGAGAUGUCUUGUGGAAAACACAUAUUUUCAUAGUCUGAAGUGACAUUUUUUGUACGUUAAGUAACAACAAAAAUGUGCAGCGGUUCUGCUGCACUGUGUUCGGUUGCCAUAGCGAUGGGUGUCAUUUCUCUUCAGAGAUCCUGCGGUGGAAGCUUUGCCAUUAGACAUGCUGGGGGGGGGGGUAGCAUUUCAGAACCGGUCACUUUUGACCACACUUUUGUGGUUUAGGAUGAUCCUUCAUUUGGAUUUGGCUAACUGUGUAAUAUAGAUAUGGUUUAGUAAUGUGAAAUAUAGUUCUCUUGUUUCACACUUAAGUCCAAGUCAGACUUAACCCAAGCUACCAAUAAAUUAAUCAAAAUACAUAGCCGUAAUGCCUCCCGAGUGGCGCAGAGGUCUAAGGCACUGCAUCGCAGUGCUAGAGAAAUCACUACAGACCAGGGUUCGAUCCCAGGCUGUGUCGCAGCUGGCUGCGACUGGGAGACCCAUGAGGUGGCCCAGCGUUGUUUGGGGAGGGUUUGGCUGUCCAAUAUGUCCUUGUCCCAUCGCGCUCUAGCGACUCCUUGUGGUGGGCCAAGCGCUGACUUCGGUCGCCAGUUGUACAGUGUUUCAUCCAACACAUUGGUGCGGCUGGCUUCCAGGUUAAGCGAGCAUUGUCAAGAAGCAGUGAGGCUUGGCAGGGUUGUGUUUCAGAGGACGCAUGGCUCUCGACCUUUGCCUCUCCUGAGUCCGUACGGGAGUUGCAGCGAUGGGACAAGACUGUAACUACUAAUCACGAAAAAAGGGGGGAAAAGUAAAAUAAUAAUACGUAGCCGUAGCCUGACUAGUAAAGUAUGGUAACCACCCCCACUAUUCUUAGUUCAUAAUGUGAUUGACAGACUGUCUGAUAGAAAACAUGUUAAUUAAUGUAUGUUCUCUUCCUGGACACAGGUGCGUGCCAGUGGUGUUGGUAAGCAAGUGGACCGCCACCGACUUCACCUCCAGAACUGUAGAGGCAGUCACUGCACCUGCAGGAUUUGUCUGAGAGACUUGGUUGAGCCUAGCUGAGUGCUGCAGUGUGCCCGCCCAGGGAGGGAACCACCAUGAGGCAGCUGAAGGGGAAGCCCAAGAAGGAGACGUCCAGGGACAAGAAGGAGCGUAAGGCGGCCAUGCAGGAGGCCCGGUCGCAGGUGGCCACAGUGGUUCUACCCACGCUGGCUGUGGUGGUGCUGCUCAUCGUAGUCUUUGUCUACGUGGCCACCAUGCCCAGGGCCGUAGAGUAG